AUGGGGGCAGAAAACAUCCAGAUCUUCGGCGACUCCCAGCUGAUAAUCAAUCAGGUACAACGGGAGUACCGAGCAAAAGACGACAGCAUGAUCCAAUAUCUGGCUGUCGCUCAGCGUCUAAUCAAGAAAUUCAAGAGCUGCAAGCUCACUCAAAUCCCCCGGGAACAGAAUUCGCAAGCCGACGCCUUGGCUAAUCUAGGGUCUGCCCUUGAAACGAAUAGCCAGAUGAGUAUCCCCUUGCUCGUACUUCAAUGGCCAACUACCAUGGAGGAAACCGCAUCAGAGGAGGUCUCCGCUGUCGAGGAAGGCAAAACCUGGAUGACCCCCCUAAUCUGGUACCUGGAGGCCGACAUCCUCACGGAGGACCGUACCGAGGCCAGAAAGAUCAAAAAGCAAGCCGCGAGGUACUUAUCUCCCAGGAGAAGCUGUAACGGAGAUCUUUCUCUGGCCCAUACCUGA